GCUUUUAUUGUACAUUAUUUUCUACCCACUCGUUCUUUUUCUGUAUUUAGUCAUGAGAGCAUCCCCACGGGCCACUUAACUGGGCGAGUUUUUGUAAGACUUUCAGCAAAAGAAGAAAACUUCACUCGGGUUCUUCCGUGCACGCUCAUCAAACCAAAAACAUGCUCAAGGGGUAUGACUUUGGAUGGAUGCUUGUGCUGUCGGCACUGUUUACCUUCAGCGAUGCUUCUAGUCAAACUGUCAACCAGGAGCUUUCGAAUAUUUUCAAUGAGCUCUGGAAGCUUGAUGUGAAUCGCCUGAACCCAGGGACGCAUUACAAUAUCUCACUACAGGGCAAAGCUGGGUACAUACCACAGGGAAGCACCAAUGCUGUAGACCAUGCCUCAUCCCCACUGUUUACCAGCGUUGAUGAGGCCAAACUGAACUCCAUUACCACUUAUGCCCGCUUUAUGAAGCUUUUAGACAACUAUGAGAGGUCUACUGGUGUGGCAGAGAGAGUGACGGCUGAGGAGGUGACCGAAAAUAACUCCUUUCUAGAUGCUGUUUUGGAGACUGCGGUCAUGAAGCGUGCCCAUCGGUACCUGAUUGGAAAGGCAAAAUCACGCUCGGAUCUGAGAUCUUUUAAGAGUCAGUUGUACUACAUGUGGUUCCGCCUUUAUCAUAGAGAUAGAAAUGGAGGGGAGGACUCCAGUGGAUUUGAGCAUGUGUUUGUUGGGGAAACCAAGUUUGGCAGAGAAAUCAUGGGUCUUCACAACUGGGUCCAGUUUUACCUGCAAGAGAAGCAGGAGCUUCUUGAUUACAAGGGCUACAAAGCCAGGGACAAUGACGCGCCCAGUGACGAUGACCAUGUCUUGAAUGUUCAGUUCAGCUGGCACGGUUUGGUCAAACCUGUGGCCAGCGCCUUUGUUGGUGUGAGUCCUGAGUUUGAAAUGGCCAUCUUUACCAUCCUGUUCCUCACGUCUACUGAGAAGACCACCACAGCCGUGGUCAAUCUGGAUGAGUACCAGUUGGAGAUGGUGGUGCAUAGACACGGCCGCUCUAUCGGGACCGCUUAUCCCAAACUACUCAGCAGCAACAGCAGACACAUAUAGAUCCCAUGUGCUGUACUACCCUGGCUGUAGCUUUCAAGCUUUUUAAUAUUUUUUUCUAACAUUUUUUAGAAAAUAGGUAAAAUUGCAAUAUACCUUUACUAAGUAACUAGAUGCUUGUUUACUUCACUUAUAUCACAAACCACACUAUGCUCAUUUACAGAGCUUUGUUUUCACUUAAAUUUAAUUCUGAGCAAAUAUUUCCUCAGAAUUUUCUUUCAUACAAUGGUCUUUUCAUGUCAUUUAUACCUAUUUGCCUAUAUUGACUAAGCUGUUGUAUGCAUUAGUUGAUAAUGGAAAAUAGAGUUUUUCGCAUUAAAAAUAAUUUUUUGA